UGGAAGACGGAAGCCGAGGAGGAGGAGGGAGAGUCGGAGGAGCGGCGACGGGAUGGGUGACUCCAAAGUGAAGGUGGCGGUGCGGGUCCGUCCCAUGAACAGGAGAGAGUUUGAUCUGCAUACAAAAUGUGUGGUGGAUGUGGACACAAACAAGGUUAUUCUUCACCCUGUAAACACCAAUCUUGCAAAGGGAGAUGCCAGGAGCCAGCCAAAGGUGUUUGCUUACGAUCACUGUUUCUGGUCUUUGGAUGAAUCUGUAAAAGAAAAAUAUGCAGGUCAAGAUGUUGUUUUCAAGUGCCUUGGAGAGAAUAUUCUUCAGAAUGCCUUUGAGGGCUACAAUGCAUGUAUCUUUGCCUAUGGACAGACUGGGUCUGGAAAAUCUUACACAAUGAUGGGUACAGCCGACCAGCCUGGAUUAAUCCCGAGACUCUGCAGUGGUCUCUUUGAAAGAGCACAGAAAGAGGAAAACGAAGAACAGAGUUUCAAAGUGGAAGUGUCCUACAUGGAGAUUUACAAUGAGAAAGUUAGAGAUCUCCUUGACCCCAAAGGAAGCCGUCAGUCAUUAAAAGUUAGAGAGCACAACGUCUUUGGUCCUUAUGUAGAUGGAUUAUCUAAACUGGCUGUCGCCAGCUACAAGGACAUAGAGUCUUUGAUGUCAGAAGGUAACAAAUCUCGAACAGUGGCUGCAACCAACAUGAAUGAAGAGAGCAGUCGGUCACAUGCAGUCUUCAAGAUCAUCCUCACACACACACUGUAUGAUGUACAAUCAGGGACAUCAGGUGAAAAAGUGGGCAAACUGAGUCUGGUGGACUUAGCGGGCAGCGAAAGGGCAACUAAGACUGGUGCUGCAGGUGACAGGCUGAAGGAAGGAAGCAACAUUAACAAGUCCCUUACAACUCUUGGGCUGGUUAUUUCUGCUCUAGCGGAUCAGGCUGCUGGCAAGAACAAGAACAAAUUUGUUCCAUAUCGUGAUUCUGUGCUCACUUGGUUACUUAAAGACAGCCUUGGUGGUAACAGCAAAACUGCUAUGGUGGCAACAGUCAGCCCAGCAGCAGAUAACUACGAUGAGACCCUUUCCACAUUGAGGUACGCAGACCGGGCGAAGAACAUAGUUAAUCAUGCCGUGGUGAAUGAAGACCCCAAUGCCCGCAUCAUCCGAGAACUCCGAGAGGAGGUGGAGAAGCUCCGAGAACAGCUCACCAAAGCAGAGGCUAUGAAAUCACCAGAACUAAAGGAUCGGUUGGAGGAAUCUGAGAAAUUGAUCCAGGAAAUGACUGUCACCUGGGAAGAGAAAUUAAGAAAAACAGAGGAGAUAGCACAGGAGCGGCAGAAACAACUGGAAAGUCUUGGCAUAUCUCUUCAGUCUUCUGGAAUCAAAGUUGGGGAUAACAAGUGCUUCCUCGUUAAUUUGAAUGCAGAUCCUGCUCUCAAUGAACUUCUGGUCUACUAUUUAAAGGAGCACACAUUAAUAGGGUCAGAUGACUCCCAAGAUAUCCAGUUAUGUGGAAUGGGAAUUCUUCCUGAACACUGUAUUAUUGAAAUAACCUCAGAAGGACAGGUUAUGCUAACACCUCAGAAAAAUACUAGAACAUUUGUAAAUGGUUCUGCUGUUGUGGGUCCUACCCUGCUACACCAUGGAGACAGAAUACUGUGGGGAAACAACCACUUCUUCAGAUUGAAUUUGCCAAAAAAGAAAAAGAAAUUAGAGCAUGAGGAUGAAGAGCAAGAAAACUCCUUGGGGUGCAGCAACAGUGUCGAGCAGCUAGAUAUAGAUGGAGACAAUUCCAGUGAAGUGUCCAGUGAAAUGAACUUCAGCUAUGAAUAUGCCCAAAUGGAAGUUAUCAUGAAGGCACUCAGUGGCAAUGACCCGAUGCAGUCAAUCUUGCAGAGCGUGGAACAACAGUACGAAGAGGAGAAGCAAUCCGCACUGGAGCGGCAGAGAUUAAUGUAUGAGCACGAACUAGAGCAGUUGCGAAGGCGGCUGUCUCCAGAGAAACAACACUUCCGCAGCAUGGACAAGUUCUCCUCUCACUCGCCCAGUGCUCAGCAGCGCUUACGCCAGUGGGCAGAAGAGAGAGAAGAAAUGUUGAACCACAGCCUGAGGAAGCUGAGAGAGCAAAUUGUUAAAGCUAAUUUGUAUGUGAGAGAAGCCCGUUUCAUCUCAGAGGAAUUGGACAAGAGCACGGAGUAUAAGGUCACUCUGCAGAUCCCAGCUUCAAGCCUUAAUGCUAACAGAAAGCGAGGUGCAGUUCUCAGUGAGCCUGCUAUUCAAGUGAGAAGGAAAGCGAAAGGCAAACAGAUCUGGUCACUGGAGAAAUUGGAAAACCGGCUGAUAGAUAUGAGAGAACUUUAUCAAGAGUGGCAGGCGUGCGAGGAGGAUGACCCAUUAACCAGGUCUUACUUCAAGCGAGCUGAUCCAUUCUAUGAUGAACAAGAAAACCAUAGUCUCAUCGGAGUGGCCAAUGUUUUUCUUGAGUCCCUGUUUUAUGAUGUGAAGCUGCAAUAUGCUGUCCCUAUCAUCAAUCAGAAGGGAGAGGUGUCAGGUCGUCUUCAUGUUGAAGUGGUGCGAGUGAGUGGAGCGAUUGGGGAGAGAAUCGUAGGAGGUGAUGAUAGCACAGACUGUUCAAGAGAGAACGACAUACAGGAGAACAAACUAGUUUGCAUGAUUAAAAUACUUCAGGCUACCGGUUUGCCUCAGCAUCUUUCCAACUUUGUGUUCUGCAAAUACACUUUCUGGGAUCAACUGGAGCCAGUUACGGUUGCCCCUGAGGUGGACCCCUCUUUAUCCCCCAUGAGCAAGGAGCCACAGUGCAUGGUUGUCUUCGAUCACUGCAAUGAGUUUUCUGUAAAUAUUUCUGAAGACUUCAUGGAGCAUCUUUACGAAGGGGCUUUGGCAAUUGAAGUGUACGGGCACAAGCAAAGUGAUCCUCGCAAAAACUCAACCGUGUGGGAUUUGGGAAUAAUUCAAGCCAAAACCCGAAGCCUUCGUGACAGAUGGAGUGAGGUAACCCGAAAAGUGGAGCUCUGGGUUCAGAUUCUGGAACUUAAUGAGAAUGGGGAGUACUGUCCAGUUGAGGUGAUUCCCGCCAAGGACGUAAACACUGGUGGCAUCUUUCAGCUCAGACAGGGGCAGUCACGGCGAAUCCAGGCCAAAGUGAAGUCGGUGCAGGAAUCUGGGACCUUGCCUCUAAUGGAAGAAGCCCUACUAUCUGUUGGAGUUGGCUGUGUUCAAAUAAGGCAUGUCAAGUCACAAAAAGUUCAUGAGACUCAUCAGGAAGGAGAGGAUGAUAUGGACAGUUAUCAGGACAGGGAUUUGGAGAGACUGCGUCGGAAAUGGCUGAACGUAUUGACAAAACGUCAGGAAUACCUAGAUCAACAGCUGCAAAAACUCGACAGCAAACCUGAUAAAACAGAAGAUGAUACUGAUCGGGAGGCACAACUGUUAGAGAUGAGGCUCACCCUUACUGAAGAAAGGAAUGCUGUAAUGGUUCCUUCUGCUGGCAGUGGGAUCCCUGGAGCUCCAGCAGAGUGGACUCCAGUGCCUGGUAUGGAAACCCAUAUUCCAGUUGUUUUCCUUGACUUAAAUGCGGAUGACUUUAGCUCUCAAGAUAACCUUGAUGACCCAGAACCUGGUGGAUGGGAUGCUACUCUCACUGGGGAAGAGGAAGAGGAAUUCUUUGAAUUGCAGAUUGUGAAACACCAUGAGAGUGAGGUGAAAGUAGAAGCCUCCUGGGAUUCCACAGUCCAUAAUUGCCUUCAGCUCAGUAAAGGAACAGCAACAGAUGAAAGAGUUUUCCUGAUUGUGAGAGUGACAGUCCAGCUCAGCCAUCCUGCAGAAAUGCAGCUAGUGCUACGCAAACGUAUCUGCGUUAAUGUCUACGGGAGACAGGGUUUUGCACAGAGCUUCCUGAGAAGAAUGUCUCACCGAAGUUCCAUUCCUGGCUGUGGAGUCACCUUUGAGAUAGUCUCUAAUAUUCCAGAGGAUGCUCAGGGAGCUGAGGAGCGGGAAGCGCUAGCAAGGAUGGCAGCUAAUGUUGAAAACGCAGCUUCGGCUGACUCAGAAGCCUAUAUUGAAAAGUACCUGCGGAGUGUGCUGGCAGUGGAGAACAUUCUCACCCUGGAUCGUCUUCGCCAGGAGGUUGCGGUGAAAGAGCAGUUAACGGGGAAAGGAAAACUUAACAGGAGGAGUCUGAGCUCUCCCAAUGUCAAUCGGAUAUCUGGAAGCCGUCAAGAUUUAGGUCCCCCGUACAACCUUGGCAGUCAAAAGGGUCGAUGGGAGAGCCAGCAAGAUAUAUCCCAAAUUGCAACACAUUCUGGUAGUGGGAUGACCCCGUCUCAUACAUCUUUGUCAGGCUCUGCUCAGCAAAACCAUUCUAAUGAUCCAGGACUCAGUAGCCUGGCUGCCUCCUACCUGAAUCCAGUAAAAUCCUUCGUGCCUCAGAUGCCAAAGCUGCUUAAGUCUCUCUUUCCUGCUAGAGAUGAGAAAAAGGGCAGGCAGACCUCUCCUCUUGCCCAGCAGCCUGUCCCACGAAUUAUGGUUCAGUCUGCCAGCAUUGAUGCCAGUGCUACAAAGUUAAAACAGAUUAACCAAGAAGGGGGGAAAGAACCAUUUGAAAUGGCCAGGCAAGCUACAGAGGCAGAAAAGAACCAAGAAAAGACGCCCAAAGUGCCUUCACAGCCACACACUUCAGAUAUUCAGGCACAGGACUCCCAAGAGGGCCCUCCAAGUCCCCUGAGUGAAGCCUCAAGUGGUUACUUUUCUCACAGUGUUUCAACAGCGACUCUGUCUGAAGCGCUCACUGCAUGGAACGAAGCGAUUGUUCAGACAGGUGGUCAAACGUCUGCAGUGAGCAACAUCUCCCCAUCCACCCCAGCUGUUCAGGUAACUUCUGCUACUGACAUUUCAAUGCAGACAGAGUGCGCUUCAGAGGGCUACCCUGCUGCUAAAAGAGAUAAUCAAGCUGCUUCUGACCUCAGCACUGCCCAUGUGAGACCUAAGGACAGCAGCGACGUGAAUGGUAAUGAGCAUCUAAAGUCCAAGUCCUUUGUCUCCCCUGUGACUCAGAGUGAAGAACUAGAUGUUGCCUCUAUAGCCAUUGAUGCGAAAAGCUACAUUUCUACCUCCAUCCCAAUGAAGGAGCUGCUGACCAAACAUCUAAUGGCUUCAACAACUGGAGAGUCAGUGGGACAAGCUGCCAGGAAAAAGGACCACACAAAGCCCGCCUCUACUUCAGAAUCGAGAGCUUCCAAACCACAGCUUCAACCUGACCUCUUGUCCCAGCCCAGCGCUACAGCCUCUCCAUUCAAAAUCCAAAAAGUCAGGACAUCUGAGCUCAAAUCUUUUACAUGCAUGCUGGGGGGCGAUUCUGGGUGCUCUUCAAGCCCAGAGGAAGAGGAGAGAGAAAAGAACCGGGUGACUGCACAAGGGUUGAGCCAUAAUGGUGCGGAGACAGCUGAUGAAAAACUGGAAGCGGCUUCUGAUUCUGAAGAUGCCAAUGAAAUCCCGGAAUGGCUAAAAGAGGGAGAAUAUGUCACUGUUGGCACAAAUAAGACAGGCACAAUUAGAUAUGUUGGCCCAACUGACUUUCAAGAGGGAACAUGGGUUGGUGUGGAACUCGAUUUGCCUUCAGGUAAGAACGAUGGCUCCAUUGGAGGAAGGCAGUACUUCAAAUGCAACCCAGGCUAUGGGCUCCUCGUGAAACCAAACAGAGUGGGAAAAGCCACCGGAGCAGCAAGACGGCGGAGUGCUGGGCUUAGGUUGCAAGGGGGAGCUACGCCCGAGAACCGGAAGAGCAACAAUUUCUCAGGCUCAGCCUCCAGCCUGACAUCACUGACAGCCCUAGCCAAAAUGGAAGGAUCUGCUCUCCAACCCGAGAAGAUCCAGAAGAAUGCAGAGAACAGGAAAUCUUGGGCUAACUGA